AUGGAGUCAUCGCCGCUCGCUGUGAUGCAGCCGCCGCCCUCGCCUGGCACUUGGGGAUACAGACGCGACCUUGCGUCGACACGGCCUCGCUUCAACCUUGGGGCCAACAACUUCAAUUUCAAGGAUCUGAGCAUGAAGAAGGGUGGCUCCGACUACUUCGCUUCCAAGGCUGCAAGGGCCUCGUCGCCCACCGUCAGCCUUGCUGCGGACCUGGCCCAGAAUUUUACCAUCGACCAGAGUCCCCAAUUGCCGACGCCGCGCCGGUCGCUGUUCACGACAAACAUUUUCCAGAGGGCAGAACAGAAGGAAGGUGCCACUACGCCCGACAUUUGGCGGGAAGGAAUGACCACCCCUCCGAUCCCGUCGUCUUCCCCAGGCUAUGGUAACGACGGCAUGGACAUCUCGCCUCUCCCACACAAGGGCCCUUGCGGCUUCAUCGCCCGCGGAUCCGUGCAGUCGCCCACGCCUGAGCCGGCAGAAAAUGGCAUGGACCUCUCGUGCUCACCCCCGCCUAACCCUCUGCUGGACAGUCCCAUGCCCCCGCCCGAUCGCAAGAAGCCCACGUUCCCUCUGCGUCCGAGUCUGUCGCGGGCCAAGACUCACUACUCGACCCCCAUUGCCCUACACGCAAAGGAGAACGUCGUCCCGUUUCAAUUCAGCACCAGUCACAACAGCUCCGAGACGGACCUGAGCUCGUGCUUCAAGGCUUCGCCCGUGCAGGAUCGCAAGAUCCACUUUCACCUUCACGGAGGCCCUCGCUCCCGUCACGCUAACCUCUCUAACAUGUUCAAUCGUUGCAAUGGCUCUCCUGUGCCCGGUGUUCGGAAGACGGCUCCUGCGGUUCGGCCCAGGAAACAGUUCCGCCGGUCGUUGAGCAUGUUCGAGAACCCUGGCGAUGUCAUGAAUGCUGAGAGUGAGCACGUGUCUAGUGGGCUGGCAGCCAUAAUGGACAUUGAUGAGACGCCGCGACUGAGCUUGCCGACCUUGCCCAGCAAUGGCGAACCUAACAGCUUGCCGAGAAUUGAGGCGAAGACGCUGGCGGACGUGCUUGAUGGACAGUACAGUCACGUCUUCGAGGAGACGAUGGUCAUUGACUGCCGUUUUGAGUACGAAUAUGAGGGCGGUCACAUUGACGGCGCGGUGAACCACUGUGAACGCGAGGCGCUGGCGGAUAGGCUGUUCGAUCCCUACACUGACCCCUCUUCGCACAAGAAGACUUUGCUCGUCUUCCACUGCGAGUACUCUGAGCUGCGUGCUCCUCGAAUGGCUGAAUUCAUUCGGAGCCGUGACCGUGCUGUCAAUGAGGACAACUACCCCAGACUGACCUACCCCGAAGUGUACAUCCUGCACGGAGGCUACUCCUCCUUUUAUGAAUCGUACAAACAACGCUGCUUCCCCCAAAACUACCUGCGCAUGGAGUCGGAAGAGCAUGAGCGGGCCUGCGAAGCGGGGUUACAUAAACUUAAACAACGUGCCAAGUUGGGCCGCGCUCAGACGUUUGCCUUUGGCGAGGGUUGCGACAUGGAAGACAGCCCCACCGCUCCCAGCAGAUCGAGAUCAACAGGCUCUGCACUGGAAGCCAUGCAUGACCCUAAUCUGGGCCCUCGUGUGCGAGCGCACCGAAUGGCCUCCUACUAA